CAUAAAAGGAAACAUUGUAUCUCUUUAUAAGGAGGAAAGUAGAUCGUACUUUGAUAUAUUCGUCCACUUUCAUAUACGGUAAAGAACUCCAAGUAUUGAAACAUUGUAAAUAGUAUAGAGAAUAGUCUGCACGCCUACAAUGAAACUGAAUUUACAGAGACAAAAGAUUUAAGGCCGCCAUUGACGACGUCUCCCACGUUUACUGUAUGAACUACAUGUCAUGGCGGAGUGAUUCGAGAGCUGCAAUCCGCAUUUUCCUUUUGGAGAAAGUGCUUCGAGUUUUGAGAAAGGAGAAGGCAGAGCUAGACUGUCGGGGUGAAGGGUCUCUGGGACAGCAUCACUUUUGAAACUUUGCAUAGGUUGUUACGUAGAGAUUCCGGAUAAGGCUUUGACCAUAUUUUUCGCUGUUUGUUUACCUUUCGUAGGUUCGUGUGCUGUGGUGCAAUUUUAGCAGGCAGUUCAAGCUCCAGCAGUUGGCUGGCAUAUUUUGGCUAAUUAAUUUCUAAAAUAGAAUGAUAUCUAGUCAGGCUAGAUCAACACUGAGUGGUAACGGAUCAACAGCUGGGAAUAACGCGGGUCACGGUUCUGUGGUUAUCGGUAGCGGACUUCGUCCUGGUUCGGUCCGAGCAGGGCAAGCAGUGUCUGGGGUCAACGAUUGCGCUGGUGCGGUUGGACGGCCGGGGAAAGGGGCAGGGAUGCUGGGGGGCAAUGGUCCAGGAGUGGGUUCUCGAGGAGGAGUGAGACCAGGUAACGGGACAGGCUUGACCACGUUACAGUCAGUGGGUCAGGGCGGACUGGUGGGUUUGAACACAGGCGUGGGGAUUCCCGGUAGCGGCAGAUAUGAUCCCGAUAAGGAGUGUGCACCGGUGUGUAGCGGUUCGGACGCGGAGUCCGACUCCGGGGAUGAUGAUGAUCCUAUGAGUUCAGUCGGGGACAACCGAAGAGGUGUUAAGCGAGAGCGGGCGGAGAUGGAAGCCGCUAUGGUAGGGCCAGAGAUAGGGGUUCAGCCAGGGGGUUAUGGCGUGGUCACCGGAGGUGUUGCUGGGGCAAAGCCUGGGAAGAAAACUCGUGGGCGAGUGAAGAUUAAAAUGGAGUUCAUCGACAACAAAUUGAGAAGAUACACAACUUUCAGCAAACGGAAGACUGGAAUCAUGAAAAAGGCCUAUGAGCUGUCCACGCUGACGGGCACGCAGGUGCUACUGCUGGUGGCCAGCGAGACGGGCCACGUCUACACGUUCGCCACGCGCAAGCUGCAGCCCAUGAUCACCAGCGAGACGGGCAAAGCCCUGAUCCAGACCUGCCUGAACUCGCCCGACUCGCCGCCCCGCUCGGACCCCUCCACUGACCAGCGCAUGAGCGCCACGGGCUUCGAGGAGACCGACCUCACCUACCAGGUGUCCGAGUCGGAGAGCCUCGGCGAAACCAAGAUCUGCCAGCGUGUGCAGACAUUCCCAGAGGUGCGUGGCCGUGCUUCACCUCUUCAGACACCUGACGGCUUGAUGUUUAGACGGAGCAGCGUGUCCGAUCUACAGAUGGAUAUACUGCGUGUCUGUACUUUACUAAGUCCUACACCAACAAUCAUGUCUAAUGACACUCUUAAGCCGGCCUUCACCGUGGCCAGUCUCCCUGGCAACACGAGCACGUCGACCACCACCUCCACCAGCAUGCAGGCCAGCAGCAGUUCCUCCUUCCCCAUCACCAACUACCUGGCGCCCAUCUCUGCCGGAAACAGCGGUGGAGGGGCGGCCAACGGCACGCUGCUGAAGACGGCCGGCGCCCCCGGGGGGGUCAUGCAGCUGCCCAGCGGCUUUACCUUCAUGUCAGCAGCUGGCACUCCGUUCCCCCCCGGCACCCCUGCCAUUCCCCUGGGCUCACUGCAGCAGCACUCCCUGGCCAUCCAGGGCCAACAGGGGCCGGCCAUCGCCGCCACGGCUGCCCAGACGCAGACGCAACAGGGCCAGCAGGCCGUCUUCAGGCUGCCCGCCGCCGUCUCCCUCACAGGUGGAGCCAUGUCUCAGCAGCUUCAGGCCAUACAGGUGCACCCCACCACCCAAUCCAGCUCCAUCAGCUGUGGAGACAACAGCCCUGAGAUCUCCCAGGCAACCACCACAGCCACAGUCAGCCUCCCGGCAACCAUUGUGACGUCAUCUGUGCCCACCUCCAUGGCAGGUCACAUGAUGUACCCCAGCCCCCACACGGUGAUGUAUGCCUCUGCGCCCACGUUGGCCGACGGGGGCCUGGCGGUCCUCAACGCCUUCUCCCAGGGGCCCUCCGCCAUGCAGGUGUCCCACAGCCAAGGCCAGGACUCGGGUGCUGUCCCUCAGGUGUUCCUCACGGCGCCCCCGGGCACAGUGCAGAUCCCCGUCUCCGCGGUGCAGCUACACCCAGUACGGCAAGAUCUCCACUUUACAAAUGGUAAUUGGACAGCAGUCCAGCGGCAGCAGCAAUAAUCUGACCGAGCUGCAAGUUGUCAACCUGGACGCCCAACAGAACACCAAGGGGGACUGACCCAUCAGGUUGGCCAGCACUGAGCAGAAGGGCUCGCCAGGGACUCUCGCCACUAUUUAUUGAUGCCUUUUCACCUUUCAGAACAUUGUUCAUUCUUCAUUUGUUAUACCACCUUUUUGUAAGUGAUUUUAAUUUCUGGGUUUUGUUUUCUGUUUUUGUUUGUUUUUGUUUUUCUGUUGUACAGGAUGUACUGUAAAUGUGUGAGCACACUGGAGUGUUGGAGUGCAUGAGCGUUGAUGAAAUAGGAACUGAAUAGGACUCUCUCCAUUUAAAAGGGCAUUAUUCAAUUCCGGCUCUGUGUCUUGAUCAAUUUAAUGUGCUGUAAUGGAAUUGAAAUGGACUGCCCUUCCCUCUCUACCCCACCAUAAAGAAAACACUAACAGCGUGUGGAUAGCAGUACCCCUUCAUGGGUGUGAGGGUGUCUGUGUGUCUGCGAAUGAGAGCUCACAUGUAUGUGGAUACAUAUGUGUGGGUGUGCAAUUGUAAAUAUGGCAUAGGACUUAUCACUACAUCUGGUUGAGAUUCCCCUUUGGGUUGAUCAAAUCCAUGAAUGGGUGUUCAGCUGUGUGAGUGAAAUGUAUGUUUUUUUUUUUUUUAAAUAUAAACAGUGUUUGUGACGUAUACACACACUGCAGACACUGCUGCCUCUCACCUCAGCCAAAGAGUAAUAUUUCUAUCAGUAUUUGUACUUAGUGUGCGUGUGUGUGUGUGUGUGUGUGUGUGUGUGUGUGCGUGUGCGUGCGCAUGUGUUGGCAGGAGGGAUCGUGUAUGUGUUUGGGUAUAUGUCUGCCUGUUUUGUGUGCAGGAAAUCGGGUUUUCAUUGGGUUGGGAUUUGAGAAUAUAAGAUCUAAAAAAUGUUUUGACAAAUGUACAUAAUUUCUUUUUUAAUUGAAAAUGUAUUUUAGCCUAUUUGUGCAAUGGCAUGUAGGGUUUUUGUUUGUUUUGUUUUUUAAAAUGGUGUUUUGUAUACAUAUGUGACCCAUCUGCAUUCAUAAGUUCAUGAACAAUUACAAUUAAAUCAAUGUAAUAUAAAAUAUAUUAUGUUGAUUUAUGUAUGUUCAAGGGUAAUUAAUAAGGCCACAUGGUUUCAUCCAGAUCUGCCAGUUUCAAUUCUAAGUUGUUGCUCCAACAUUGUGCCAAACAACUGCUUUCCACAUCACUCUUAACCAAUCAUAGAACAAGGGCAUACAGGCCAAUUACUACCCAUUUAUCAGUCUACGAUUCCAUCUUCCAUUCUGCUUGUUUGACUACAUCUUUCUCACCCUUUAUGUCAUUCUCACUGGGCUCUUCAGACUGUAUUCUGUCCUCAUCAGCCUUCGUAGUUAUAUACGCAUAUCCACUCUCAAGUGUGUCCAGUCAUCUUUGGUGCCUUUUAAGAGUGAACUGUUAACCUUGACAGAAAAGCUCUCUUACCCUGCAUAACUGCAGUGGAUUGUGACCACUGAAGACAUCAUACAAUGCUUUAAGUGGGUAACCCUGUUAUCCCGAUAAUACUGUUUAUCCCUGCCCGUUACCCUAGUUAUUUUGAAUUGUAAAUGGAUGCAUAGUCCAUUAUUACUGCUACGAACAAGUUCCAACUGUUUUGUUUUGCUCGCUUUUGCUUUCUUCUGUAGCCUCUGGACUUGGUAGAUAUUUUUGCUUGUUUAGUCAGGACUCGUGCAGGACAGGUUACUUUCAGAUGUUUGUAUCUAGAGUACAAACUAGGCCUUGGUCAUCAGGAGUCUGGUUACAUUUCAGUUUCAGGUCUUUGAUUGCCUUGUUCUGCUUUUGAUGAUUCAUAGCCACCUUAGAACCGCAGCUACUUUUUCUAGAUGUUAGAUCCUGGUUCUGUCUGUGUCAAGACACAUUCAAACAGGGACAGUAUAGGCACUGGAGUGACGAUACCUGCUGGGUAUUUCUUCAUAUGUUUUUAUACCUUUGUUGUUCAGUGACACACUACACAAGUGUAUAUUUUUUGGCUUUCAUUUGAAGAUAGUGUUGGUGUGGAUCAUUGCCAUGCUAACAGGUGAUACUGUCAGAAUUUUGAUUUCAUACUUUUAGAACUGGUGUGGCAUUGAACACCAGGUAGUCUGCCCUAAAUGUUCUCACAGAUCAGUUCUGAACAGAAACAUAUCUGCUCCCUUUCAAUGCAAAGGGGGGAGGGGGAUGCCAAGGUUAAUAUUCUCAGAUGGAAUACUGUGCUAAAUCUUACGAAACCCAUAGCCAUUGCCUUUUUCCUUGAAUCCUUUCCUGACAUGGGUUGGCCCUCUAAUAAGGUCUCUAAGUGGAUCUACAAAGUUGUCACUAAAAUGUGACCAUCAAGGCUUUUGAAUGUAAUCAUAAUUUCCACUAAGUGUUCCUCAGACCUCACUAAUGUUUAGUUAACUGAUGUCAUAACCAGCAAAUAAAUAUUUUGUCUUGGGAAAAAUAAAAUCUCCCUCAGAUUUGGAUUUUAUUGCUUUUUUUUUUUUUAAUUUAGCAUUAUUGUUAUAAUAUAAUACUUAAUGAGUGAGUGAGAGGAACAAUGCACACUGACUCUUCAUAAUGGUGUGGAUUUUGUUUGUUAAAAUUGUUUUGGGAUAUUUAUGUAUUACAGUAAACUACAGAACAUUUUGUAAUAAAAAAAAAAACAUGUAAAAUGA